CAAACCCAUCCCACCUCAUCGCGCGUCGUCAUCCAGCUCGCCUCCCCCCGCGCCCCCCUCCCCUCCUCGCCGCCGGUCACAUCCAGGCAGCAGCGAGCAGUAACGUCUCCCCCAAAACUCCACCCCCUCCCUCCCCUACCCCUCCAUAAAAUCCCUCCCCCUGAAUCCCCGAUUAAACCCUAUAAUUCCCCCCCACCCCCUCCAAUGCUCGCUCCCUAGGCGGCGCCCUCGAAUUCGGCACAGCGACCCGGCGUACCAAGGUUCGUAAGGCAGAGACAUAAAAUGAGCGCGGGUUUCAACAGGCAGAUCUUGGCUCAGAAGCUUGAAAAGCUUAAUAGCUCACAACAGAGUAUAGAGACUUUGUCACACUGGUGUGUCUUUCAUCAUCGCUACUGCCGACAAGUUGUUGAAACAUGGGACUGCGAGUUCCGCUCAGCUCCUUGUGAGAGGAGGGUAUCUUUGCUGUACCUUGCGAAUGACAUUAUGCAGAAUAGCAGAAAGGAAGGUAGUGGAUAUAUAACUGAAUUCAUGAGGGUCAUCCCUGCUGCCUUGAAUGAAGUGUUCACCAACGGCGAUGAUUUUGGGCGGAAUGUUGUAAAAAGAUUGGUUGAUAUAUGGGAAGAUCGUAGAAUAUUUGAUAUUCAAGGACAAAGUCUCAAGGAUGACUUUUUUAGAAGGUUAAAGGACCUCAGAAACAAGUUGAAAAAACCUGGUGGAGAGCUGCUGGAGAAGGUUGCCUCUAGCUACAAGCAUGUGCUGAAUAUAGAUGAGGACACUCUAAUACGAAAAUGCCAAGCUGCUUUUAGCACUUUUGACAAUCUCAACAAAGCGUAUGGAAAUAACCCUUAUUUAGGUAGCAGGAAUGAAUCUGGCUUUGCGGAGGAGCUGCAGGAGCAGCAUAGCAUUAUCAAAAACUCUAUUGAGCAACUCAAAACUUCAGAAUCACUCAGGGCCACUCUAAUUUCUCACUUGAAGGAAGCACUGAACGAGCAGGAGCUCAAAGUGGAACAAGUCAGAAGGCAGCUUCAGGCAGCUCAAUCCCGAUACAAGAAAGCUGAUGAGCUCUGCCAGGAGCUUGGAAUUGAUGUGGAAAGUUAUCAGCCAUCUAGUCAAGGGCUUAAGAAGUCCAGUCUUCCGGAAAUGCCUGUUGCCUUUGCUUCAGAUUCAGCUAAUGCUGGUUCUCCUAGGAAGGGACAAUCGAGUGCAGUAAUGUAUUCACAGGAGGGAGAUGUUGGUGAGCGCAGUGCCGCAGCAGCUAAUGCCGUGACAAAAUUUUCUUCGGAUGCUGCUUCAGAAGAGAUCCUCGGUGGUGUUUUGUCUUCACGAGCCAAUGGGGGCAACAUUUUGCAGAAAACAGAAGAGUACUCUUCUGUUAAUAAGAGGCAGAAGCUAGAGGAUGGCCCAUAUAUUUCUCAGCCUCAAUCACAGCCACCACUACCACCACCCCCACCCCCAUUCCCACAUCCUGAUACAUUUCAACCACCACCACCACCUGAGUAUCCUCCAUCACCAGAGCCUAGCCCACCACCGCCGCCACCUUCAGCACCACCCCAAAUAAUCCCGCCGCCGCCGCCAACUUCAACGCCACCCCACAUAAUCUCACCUGUACCACCUAUAGCAGGUCCAUUUGUACCCUUUCCUGUUGGACCUCCUGGUCCAAUGACUGGAGUGCCAUAUGGCACUUUUCCAUCAUACACUCCUGUGGUCAACUUUCCCAUGAUGAUGCCACCUGGUUUCCCCGGUGGUCCAAACCCACCUCCAGCUUUUCAGGGAUUAGAGGGAACGUUUUAUGGCCCUCCUCCAUACCCCGCAGCACCUCCACCGACGGACAGGAAAUAGGAGAAGUUUCUUACCUGCAGAUCAGUAGGGCCAGCCAGCCAAUGAGAUUGUACAUCAUGGAGCUUUGCUUCGGCAAGUGUCAGAGACUUUGUUUCAUUGAAGAAUAUGAUCAUGGUGAUGCAUCACCAGAUAUGUUGUGGAGCCCGGAAGACUGCUGUAGUGUUGUACAUUUAGUCAGUCAGCUAGAUAUUAGCGUGCAACAGUUGAUUUACCGAUUUAAUUGUUCUGGUCUUGGUUGAGUAGAGCCUGUAGAUUUCAACUGUUAGAGAGAAUUUGGAAUUCUGAGAGCUGAGAACAAACGCCUUCAACAGUUUAAUUAACUGAUCUAAUUGUUCUGGUCUUGGUGUUAGAACCAAACUGUAGAUUUCGACAGCUAAAGAACAUGGAACCCUAAAACCGAGGACAAAUGUUGUGGCAUGACAUGUUUGUAACUUAUUAUAGCUGUGUUAUCUGAUAGAUCAUCCAAGAAUAUAAACUGUUCUUGUGAUGUUUUAACGAGGUAAUUCUAUUGCCAGGGCCCAUGGGGUAAGAUGUAACUUUAGUGGCUGCUGAUGCUGGAAUAUUUUGCUGUGUUUUAAUUUCCUUUUGUC